CAAGCUCAGUUUCUUUUUCCAAGCGGCAGUCAAAUUAAUACCAAAAAAUUACUCCAGUGAUCAAAGUUGAUUGGUGAGGUAUGAGCAAACGUUAUGAAAAGUAAAGAAACUUUACGUUGGGAGUAUUAGCUAGAGAUAAACUCACAAACCGAUCGCUUGAAUUUCCGUCGGCCGUAAUGGAUCCCGUCCAUUACAUCCAAAACUGUUUCCGUGCAAUCCGAAACUGGUUCCGUCACAACGCCGUCUUAAUCAGUUCCACCCUGUUCAUCUCUGGGCUGGUAUGGAGCACGAUGAUGGAGAAGACAUUCCUGAGGAUCCUAAUCACGCCCCACACCAGCGCCGGCGGGAAAGUGUACGAUCUCCCAAGUAUUGUGCUAGUGAAUUUGCACCAAGGAAUAACCAGUGUUUUCGCACUGGUUUUCACUUAUGCGACCGGUGGCUGCUUGCUCCGAUUCUUGGUUGUGGUUUUCUCCACUACAGCUUCCAUCCUCGGAGUGAUACACUACAUGCUUGUGGCUGCUGGAAAUGACGAUAAAGAGCAGCUUCAUAUGUGUUCAUUCUACGUAGCUAUGGUUGUAAUGGCUUCUGCGCAAGCGGCCCUAACAGCCUUGCUGAAAGAAGCUCUCGAAGAUCGUUUCAGGCCGACGUAUCAGAGACAACGCCUCACCAAACUCUUGUGGAGUCCCGUCUCCUUAAUGGCUACCGAAUUCGCCCCCUUGGAGCCUUUAACGGGAUUGCACUUUGACAAACUCGCUCUAGUGUUAAUCACUAUGAUGCUGUGUUUGUUAUGCGUCUUCUUGUUCAGUUCCUUCUCCUAUAACCACUACGCAAUGAUGAGAGGCAAUGUCAGAGCGACAGAGGCAGCAGACAAUCGGAGGCCAGUGAAUCUUUUGUCGUUAUGGGUUUGUUUACUCUUUUUAAGCCUAGUUUCUGCUUCUGCAAGCACCUUCUUCUUCUUAGAGGCCAGCACAUUCAAUGGCCGCAACUACUUAUCUGCCAUUCUGUCGCAAGACAAUUUGCUGAGAUUCACCGAAGCUUCGUUCAGGGGAAUUCAGCAGCACAGCCAAGAGACGAUAGAGUUCCUGAGAAUCGGCAUUGCAUUGGUGUACUCCGUGAUAUGCUGCACCCUUGCAAUGAGCGUGUACUGGCUUACUCCGCACUUCUUUAUACUGGGACUGAUGGUGGGAGUAGCGAAAGAGGGGUUCCGGUCGUUGUACGAAUCUCGGGUUCCACCUCACUUGAAGAGAUUCGGGUCGGUUUGGGGAGAGCUUGCGAGGGGACUUGGUGGUAUGCUGAGCAUACUUUGCAUUUUCGUCUUUCGUGGAAGUGAUAUCAGCUGGUCGGAGAAUGACAGUAGCAGCUUCAGCACGUACUGUAUUUUUCUGCUAGUUUUGAGUGGUUUUAGCUUAAUGUUAUUCUUGCUGGUUGCUGUUUUGUACAUGGGUGGGUGCAUCCUUUUGGAUGAUGAUGAAAUCUACGAGCACUUGGAAUAGGACGAUGAUGUUGAUGUCGAUGUCGAUGUCUCUUCAUAAGUGUAUAUCCUUUUAGAUUUUGGUAAUGUUGGAGCAGUACUUC